AUGUUUUGUCCAGUCUUCCACCGUCCCUUACAGAAUCUUCGGGUUCGCUGGUUAUCCACCUCCCUUGUGGCCGGAAAUGCUACUUCAUUUGGCACAGGAACACCAGCUAAUAAAAAUGCCUCUGGUGCCAUGAAGGAGGCUUCCAAGUUCCUCGACAGCGUGGCCGCAGAGUCACCAGCUCCGAUUCGAAUUGAAGGUGGUCAGAGCCCAGAUACCCUCUCCGUCAGGCCUUUUGCUUCGACCUCGAUCAUUCGGCCUUACGAGUUCACGCUCAAGUCGCGUCAGAAUCAUUUCUCUCCUUUCAAAAGACCACCCCGUGUUGGUCCCCCUCGUGUCGAGGCUCGUCAACGCGACUAUUUCCACCAACUAAAUCUUGAUCCCGUCGAUUAUGCUUGUCAUCCGGGCGUUCUCAAUCAUUUCAUGUCUCCGAUGGGUAAAGUUUACUCACGCAGCGUCACCUCUCUCACCCGGAAGAGUCAAAGGCGAUUAGGGAAGGCUAUCAGACGAUCGAAAAAAAUGGGUAUCAUGCCGACGUUCAGUUUGAGACGAGGACAAGGGGCCACCCCCUCUACUUAUGCGGGUGCUAUGUAA